AUGGCCCUCCCUCCAGCCUCGCCCCUGUCUGCCGAGCAGAUCAAGGCGCUCUUCAACAUCCUCACCCACUUCGAGACCUACCACGAGAUCGAGAAGUUCAAGAGGCCCGAGACCAUCGCCAACUUUGGCCACCCCUUCGUCCAGGGCCGCUCCGGCUCCUACGCCCGCGAGUGCUCCGCGCCCCUGCUGCAGACCAUCUUCACCUGGUUCACCCUGAAGCUGCCCGGCGUCCGCACCUUCGCCCCCGACUUCUGGAGCGUCCGCGUCCAGGGCAUCAUCGCCAGCUUCGCCGACGCCGGCCUGUCCGAGGCCUACGACAAGGGCGCCCUGGGCAUUAGGAAGACCCUGGCCACCAGCUCCUCCGCCGUCAUCGAGGCCGUCGUCCGCGGCGCCAUCGGCGGCGCCCCCUACAGCGACCCGGCCGCGCGCCCCGCCGAGUACGACCUCGCCAGCGCCCCCGACCUGGCCCGCGCCUGGGACGACGCCAUGCACGACCUCGUCUACGGGGACCUCUGCGACGACCUGAUCGACCACCUGGCCAAGACCGAAGACUUUGACUCUCAUUCCCCCAUGACGCGCGCCGUCAACGAGUACAUCAUUCUCCACUUGUCGAGCCUGGUCCAUCAGGUCUUGAUCGUCUCCCCCGAGGGACAGUACCUGGUCAAGCUCCUGGAGCAGGUCCACAAGAUGGUUCCCUACAACAUGGUCCGGCAGACCCUCAAGGUCGGCAACGCCGCCACCAUGAUCGCCGGCAUGAUGAAGAUCUUCCUGGCCAAGAUCAGCGUCGGCUCCGUCUCCAACUGGUUCGGCAUCACCAAGGACGCCGCCGACGGAAUGAACCUUAUGCAGAGAAUCAUCUCCGUCAUUCUCGGCUGGGACUGCGCAGAGUUCAAGAAGACCAUCGACAGGAUAUCAAAGGCCAAGAACAGGCCGAGCAAGGGCGCCCUCGACGCCAUCCGCGCGCACGUCGACUCGCCCAGCGAGGCCCGCGAGGCCGCCCGCGCCGAGAGCGUGCGCCGGGGCAGGUCCGUCAUCGCCGUCGUCCUCGAGACCGCCGACCCGGUCCUCCUGGCCGACCUGAGCGGCGACGAGCACGGGCUGUGCCUCGAGUACUACGCGGCGCUCCUCGGCAUGCGGGACCGCGAGGUCAUCAUCGCCACCCUCUGCAAGCAGAGCCCCGACCUCCUCACCCAGCUCGUCCGCGAGGCCGUCGCCGGCUUCGACCCCAUCAUCCGCGCCGUCCACAACAAGGUCGACCUCUCCGACCACCUCAGGGACGCCCAGACCUUCCUCGACCAGCUCAUCGCCACCAGCAAGCCGAGGAAGGGCAGGUCCAAGGACGACCCCGACGUCAUGCCCACCGUCGAGGACUACGUCCAGCUCUGCAAGAAGAACAGGCACCUCCUGUACAAGUGGCUGCACGCCCUCUGCAAGAACUGCCCCGAGGUCGCCGACCAGUUCAGGGCCUGGUGCAAGGACUCGCUCACCGCCUUCCGCAAGGCCAACAGGGGCGGCGAGAGCAUCGAGGACCAGCUGACCGCCAUCUUCUGCCGCGUCCCCGACGCGACAAAGGAGGCCCUGCUGCCCAUCAUCGACGCCCAGGCCGCCUACCUGCGCGAGCUGGACGAGCUGUCGCUGGCCCGCAUGCAGGCCAUCCUCAACGGCGGUUCGUCCAGCAUGGCCGGCCCAGGCGUCUAUCUCGCCCGGUGGCAGUCCCUGAUGGACGAGACCCUCAUCACGCCCGCGAGCCCCAUUGGCCCCGUCCGCCGAGGCAGGGACGUCAAGGCGCCGCCGCCACCACCGAAGGGCAAGCGCGCGUCCGCGUCGAGCAACGCGAGCGAGGUCGCCGCCGCCGUCGGCAAGAUGAGCAUCUCCUCGGCUCCCGAGGCUCCGGACGUGCAGCCCGUCAUCGAGGCGCUGGCGCCCAUGUUCGAGAAGAAGCUUCUCUUGGUAUCGAGUUCCAACGGCGCUGCGGCCAACGGCUCCGGAGAUCAACACGGUGUAAAGUUUUGA